AUGCAACUUACUACCAUCCUCCCUGUCCUGCUCUCUACUCUGAGCCUGACCACCGCCGCUACCCAAGGUGCCGCUCCCGUUUUCAGAUCCAACAAUCUCGACAUCGGCAGCUCUCCCGGUGGCGUCGCCUGGCGAUUCAAUGUCACUGCCCGCCGUGGGGAUGACUCUCCCGCGUUUAACACCCGCUGUGAAGGAACCUCCUACAACGCCACCCCGUUGCCAAUCCAAAUAUCGUCGCGCAGCUCACCCCAUUGGGAAACCCCAAUUUCAACCUCACGGUGCAGCAACACUGGGUCAAAUAUGUGGAUUCGGAACGCCAGGACUUUUGGCAAGAAGGCACGGCCAAGGUCAACGAGACCAGUACAGGCUUCAAUAUCAUCCCUGACAUCUUCUACGGAGUGGCGUAAAGAUCCUGUUUGA